AUGAGUAACUCAAUUGCUGACGCUUUCAAGAAAUUAAAUGUAUCUCCGGAUAGUACUCCUUCAGAACAUCAAAAGAUAUUCCGAGUAUCUUAUGAAUAUUUAAGUAAAGUUAAACAUUUUAAUGAUUUAAAAGCAUUCAAUAAUUGUUUAGUUGCCCUAAUCAAUAUAGAUAAAUAUCAAAGAGCAUAUGAUGUAAUCAGAAAAGUUCCAGCUAAUUUGAUAGAAUCUUCAAUUUUAGAAGUUUGUUAUGUUUAUUAUAAACUUGGUAAAUCGGAAGAAUUGAUCAAAUUAUAUGAAUCAAGAAAUGUCAAUUCUGAAGGUCUAGAAAUUGGAUUGAAUCAUAUCCUUGCUCAAACAUAUUAUAAGAUUGGAUCUCAUGAAAAGGCAUUGGCAUUAUAUCAUGAUUUAAUUGAGAAUAAUAAAUAUGAUAAUCAAUUGGAUUUAAUUAUAAAUGAACGAGCAAUUAUAUCUCAAUUAAAUUUCAAUUCUCAUGGUCAAAAUAAAUCUACUCAUUCAAUUGAUCAAAAUUUGGAUAAUUAUGAUUUAUUAUUCAAUGAAGCAUUGAUUGAAUUAUCCAAUAACAAUAUUCCUAAUUGUUUACAUCUUUUGGAACUGGCACAAAAAUUAUGUAAAUUAAAUACUGAUUGGUCUCCAGAAGAUUUAUUAUCAGAAUUAUUACCAAUUAAUAUUACUAUUGCUUAUGUAUAUGAUUUAUUAGGUGAUUCAUCUAAAAGUUUGGAAAUUUUACAAGAGAAUGAUAUUGAUUCGAUUAAUGAUUCUAUGCUUAAAUUAAUUAUUAAGAAUAAUAUUUAUUCUAAAUCAGAUAAUAAAAAAUCGAUUGGAUUAAUUGAACGUGAUUUGAGUUUUCAAGAAAAUUUACAUAAAUUAAAUCAAAAAUUAACUAAAUGGCAAUAUCAAGUCAUUUUGAAAAAUAAUAUAAUGUUAAAAUUUGCAACUGGAACAUUAGGAAAAUCUCAAUUAAAUAAUAAAUUUAUUCAAAAAUUCUUAAAUGAUUUCCCAGGUGAUUUAUUCCCAUUGGCUUAUAAAAUUUUCAUAAAUUUAGAUAUUAGUUUUAAUGAUUUACAUGAUUCUACAAAAUUGAAAUCAAUUGGAAGAAAAUUAAUUAAAUUUAUCAAUAAUCAAAAACAAAAUGACCAACAACAACAGUAUGUGGCAGUAUUAUUAUUGGUAUACCUCAAUUUCCAAAUUGGAUCCUUUGAUCAAUCUUUGUGUAUUUUGGAAGAAUUUACCACAAAUAGUAUUUCUCAAGAUAAAUUGAUUCCAGGUAUUGUAGGUACAUUAAUUAAUGUUUAUGAAAAGACUCAUUCUACCAAAAAAUUAACUGAAUUAUUAAUAAAAUUAGCCAAUAAAUUUUUGGAAACCCCGGUGGAAGUCUUUUCCAAUGAUGGAGAUUAUUAUAAUACCGCCAAAAUAAUUGCAUUUAAAGCAUUAAAUCAAGGUCAUAAAGAAAUUUCAUCAAAACUUUUCCAAUAUUUAAAUUCCAUCAAUCAAGAAGAUCAUUUAAUUUCUUCAAUCUUAUCUAAUUCAAAUAUCGAUUUAUAUCCAAUUAAUGAAUUAGUUUCCCCCAUGCCAAUUUCAGAAAUCUUAUCGGUUGAUUUAGAUACAUUAAUCCCAUCAGCUGCUAAAUCAACCAAACCAAUCAUUAAAAAAGUUUCUAAAAUAACCAAAAAGAAACAAAAACCUAAAUUUGGUCCAAAUAAAAUCAUUAAACCUCAAGAAGAAUUGUCAUUGGAUGAUGAAAGAUGGUUACCAAUGAAAUUGAGAUCUUAUUAUAAACCAACCAAAAAGGAUAAGAAGAAAACUGGGGGGCAACAAGGAAUUGUUGAACAUAGUGCAACUCCUGUGCUUUCACAUGCGACACCUACUAGUAGUGGAAGUGGUGGUAAGAAGAAGAAAAAGAAGGGAAAGAAGUAG